UUUAGAAUUCAGUAUAUUCUUCAGUUUUAAUAACCAAAUACAUUACCAAGGGAAUCCAGUUGAUCACCAUGUCAAGCUUUAGAUUCUUUCUCUUUUGUGUGGUGGGCAUUCUAUGCACGUGUUUGUGUGUUGGAAGUUCCCAAAUAAAGAAGUGUGUGGAGACAGACACGCAAGCUCUUCUCAAGCUAAAGGAUGGUUUCAUUAAUGGAAGGGACAUUCUUUCCUCUUGGCAAGGUGAAGAUUGCUGUACAUGGGAAGGAGUUUCAUGCGAUGAUUUAACAGGUCAUGUAACCAGGUUGGAUCUCCAAAAUUCUUCAGAUUUUUAUCCAAGACUGCAAGGUAAGAUAGAUUCUUCAAUAUGUGAAUUGCAACAUCUGACUUUCUUAGAUCUCAGUUUGAAUCACUUAGAAGGAAAGAUCCCAAACUGCAUUGGUUCACUUGUUCAAUUGAUAGACUUGAAACUUGUAGGCAAUGAACUUGUUAGUGUCAUUCCUCCUACUCUGGGGAACCUUUCCAAUUUGCAAACUCUUGACCUUUCAGAUAAUGAACUUGUUGGUAUCAUUCCUCCUACUCUGGGGAACCUUUCCAAUUUGCAAACUCUAGACCUUGGGUAUAAUGAUUUGGUUACAAAUGACCUUGAAUGGGUUUCUCACCUCUCUAAUUUGAGAUCCCUUCAUCUGUCAAAUACUAAUCUUAGUGGAGCUGUUGAUUGGCUAUCAUCAAUUAGCAAAAUCCCUUCUCUGUUGGAGCUUCAUUUAGAUCAUUGUGGGCUCGGUCAAGUCAAUCCUAGAACUAUUCCCCACCUGAAUUCUUCUACUUCUCUCGAUACCCUCUUUCUCUCGGGAAAUGAGUUAAACUCUUCAACUCUGUCAUGGGUGCUUAAUGUUAGCAAAGUCUUCACAUAUCUAUAUCUCUCAAGUAAUGAACUUGAGGGUAGCAUACCACAAUCCUUUCAGAAUUUGUGUCAACUGAAAGGGUUAUGGCUCGCAUCCAACAAAUUGUCUGGCCCACUCAAUGACAAUCUACAAAACUUGGGUUGUGCACAAAAUGGUUUAGAAUCGUUGGAUCUCAGCCACAACCCAUUUAGUAGUGGUCCACUUCCUGAUCUUUCAUGGUUUUCGUCCUUGCAGACAUUAAAACUCCGGAAUACCAAUAUUGUUGGUUUAUUACCACAAUCAUUUGGUCACUUGCCAUAUCUUGAAAAUAUAGAUCUUAGUUUUAACCAACUGAGUGGAUCACUAUCAUUAUUGAAGUUUACAGAACCUGCUUCAUUAGUAGGAUUGGAUCUUUCCCAUAAUCAGUUGAACGGGACGCUUCCAUAUAUUAUUGGACAACUUUCUAGUCUCACGGCAUUGUAUCUCUCUUCAAAUAAGUUGAAUGGCAACAUUCAUGAAGCACAUCUAUCAAAUUUGUCUAAACUACAAAGUUUGGAUGUGUCUCACAAUUCAAUUUCAUUCAACUUGGGUUCAAAUUGGAUACCACCGUUCCAACUGAGAGAUUUAUAUGCAUCGUCGUGCACUUUGGGUCCUAAAUUUCCGUCAUGGCUCAAACAUCAGAGGGAACUUGAGAAGCUGAAGAUCUCUAAUAGUGGUAUUUCAGAUUCAUUUCCUCAAUGGUUUUGGAACCAAUCCUUGAGUUUGAAAUACUUAAAUGUUUCACAUAACAAACUUAGUGGAGUCUUGCCAAAAUCACUACAAAAUAUGGAAAUCCUAAUUACAUGGGAUUUUAGUUUCAACAAUUUGAUCGGUUCCCUACCUUCUUUUCCAAAUAGCACAGAGACUCUAAUUCUCUCAAAUAAUAUGUUUUCAGGGUCCUUAUCUUGCUUUUGUGAAAAUUCACCAAUGAUGGAGUUAACUAUUCUUGACCUGUCUAGUAACUUACUAGCUGGGCCACUUUCAGAUUGUUGGGGGCGAUUUCAAAGCUUAAACAUUCUGAAUUUGGCAAACAAUAAAUUCUCAGGGAGAAUACCCAACUCAUUUGGCACUUUGCGACAAAUUGAGAGGAUGCAUUUAGAUGACAACGAAUUCUCUGGUGAAAUUCCAUCUUUGGCUCUUUGUAGCAAUUUGAUAUUCAUUGAUUUUGGAGAUAACAAUUUGGAAGGAACACUACCUGCUUGGGUUGGCUAUAACCUACAUCAUUUGAUUGUUUUGCGUCUACGGACAAACAAUUUUCAUGGAAACAUACCAGCAAGUCUUUGUAAUCUAUUAUUUCUUCAAGUAUUGGAUCUCUCACAAAACAAUAUAGCAGGAGAAAUACCACAAUGCCUCAGUCAUAUAAUUGCUUUGUCCAACACCAAGUUUUCAAGAAAAAGCAUUAUCUAUUCCAAAUUAGUAUUUUCUUAUUAUGAUUUUAUGUAUGAUAAAUAUGAAAAUUUUGUUUUCUACGACGAAGCAAUAUUGGCGUGGAAAGGAGAAGAUAGAGAAUACGGGAAAAUUCUUGGGCUUAUGACAAUCAUUGAUCUUUCUUGCAACCAUUUAACAGGAGAGAUACCCCAAAGUAUAACAAUGCUUGUGGCAUUAGCUGUCUUGAAUCUUUCAGGAAAUAAUCUCACAGGAUUCAUUCCCAACAACAUUGGUCAUAUGCAAUAUUUGGAAUCACUUGACUUGUCAAGAAACCAUCUUCAUGGUAGAAUGCCAUCAAGCUUUUCCAAUUUAACUUUUCUGGAUUACAUGAACUUGUCUUUCAACAACUUGUCAGGAGAAAUUCCAGUAAGCACUCAAUUGGAAACUUUUGAUGCAUCUACAUAUGAAGGGAAUAGUGGGCUUUGUGGCCCACCACUCACAAACCAUUGCCCAGGAGAUGUGAUUUCAGCAACUGAAAACACCGACAAAAAUGGCACUAAUGAAUAUGAAGAUGAACUCGUAACCUUUGGGUUUUACAUCAGCCUGGGAUUUGGAUUUUGUGUUGGAUUUUGGGGAUUUUGGGGAACUUUAUUGAUAAAAGCUUCAUGGAGACAUGCCUACUUUCACUUCUUCAACAACAUGUAUGAUUGGACGUAUGUGUCACUAGUUGUAUUUGCUGCCAGAAUGAAAACGAAAUUCAAAGUGCAAGAACAAUAGGUACAAUUGCGUUUGAGAGAGAUAAAGAUAUGCUGCAAUGCCUUGUUAAUUUGAUAGAGAUGUUUGUCCCAUAUAAUAAAUGAAAAAUGUAAGAUUAUUUUGUGAGUGAUUUCGUGCUAAAUUUUGUUUUAUCUAGAGCCAUCAUUUUUAAUGUCGUCCUCAAUAUAUAGUAUAGUGUGAUAAGUCAUUCAUCUUUACCAGUGUAAUUUUCAAAUUUUCAUUAAACUGCUUUUAGUGUCUGAUGCUUAUAGCCAAUUAUGUACUGGAGAAAAAUAAUAAUAUGCAUCAAUGAA